AUGGCGCGGCUACCACGCUCGCUAGCAACACAGGAAGAAAAAGAGAACUACCUACCGGUGGAUGUGUCAAGUGCAGACAGCACCAAUGCCGCCCUUCGAACAGGGCAGCGGUCCCUGAAGAAAGAAGGAUCCUCGUGCGGUACUCAGAAAGGGAAGGGUCUCAGACCGCCUGCUAAGGAAGCAGGGCUGUUACGUGACACAGUGGUUAUUUUUGAGGAUGGUAAACAGUCUGCAGAUUAUCACGGCGUGUGCUGCCAUUAUUAUUUUGUGUGCUGGAUGGAUACAUUACUUCAGGAGCCAUCUAUCAGAAAGCUGCCUAACUGCCUUAUUGUCAUGGAUAACGCCAAGUAUCGUACGUACUACCAGAAAUGA